AUGGCUCCUGUAAUUGUGUCGGAAUCUGAAGAAGAGGAGGAGGAUAAAGUUGCCGUUUCCAGAAGAAGUAAGAGACAAGUUCAUUUCGAUGGUGGGGGCGGUGAUCGUGUAGAUCAACAGCAACAGCAGCACCGUUCAAGUCAGGGAGAUAGGGACAGGCAUGGACAACGUAAGAAGAAGAAGAGACUCUCGAAUAGAAAUUUGCAAGGCUCCAAUGGUGGGUACGCUUGGGAAGAUGAGAUCAAGAGAAGUUGGGAUCUGGUGAAAGUGGACGAUGAAGGGGAUAUGGCCUCUCUUGUGGCCAGCAUCGUGGAGGCUAGAAAGAAGCGUACUGCCAAGAAGAAUAUAACGCCCUAUCAAAGAGGUAUAAUAAGAAGUUUGAUAUUAACUUUAGAUUGCAGUGAAGCUAUGCUGGAAAAGGACUUGAGGCCAAGCAGACAUGCGAUGAUUAUUCAGUAUGCUAUAGAUUUUGUUCAUGAAUUUUUCGAUCAAAACCCGAUAUCUCAAAUGGGUAUUAUCAUAAUGAGAAAUGGUUUGGCACAACUAGUCAGCCAAGUAAGUGGAAACCCGCAGGACCAUAUUGAUGCAUUGAAAUCCAUCAGGAAACAAGAACCAAAAGGAAAUCCCUCCCUGCAAAACGCAUUGGAAAUGGCAAGAGGCCUGCUACUACCCGUCCCCGCGCACUGCACAAGAGAAGUGCUGAUUGUGUUUGGUAGUCUUUCCACAACUGACCCUGGUGAUAUCCAUCAAACUAUCGAUUCGUUAGUGUCCGAGAAAAUCAGGGUAAAAGUUCUGGGGUUAUCAGCUCAAGUGGCCAUUUGCAAAGAAUUAUGUAAGGCAACAAACUACGGUGACGAAUCCUUUUAUAAAAUCUUACUCGAUGAAACCCAUUUAAAGGAAUUAUUUAAUGAGGCCGUUACUCCACUACCCGUUAACAAGAUAAAUAAGGGCUUCACACUCGUGAAAAUGGGGUUCCCAACAAGAAUAUUCGAAGAUACUCCUACUUUUUGCUCAUGCCAUUCCAAGCUGGUUUAUGGCGGUUAUUUUUGUCCGAAUUGUCAUAGUAAAGUUUGCUCAUUGCCUACAGUGUGUCCGUGCUGUGACCUAAUGUUGAUUCUAUCUACCCAUUUAGCUAGAUCAUAUCAUCACUUAAUGCCGUUGAAAACUUUUGCAGAAGUACCUACAACAGAAACUUUUCGAUCAGAAGAUUGUUUUAGUUGCCAAUCAAGAUUUCCCAUAUUAAAAAAUCAUAAAAAUGGUAAAUUAUUGACGAGUUCUCGGUAUCGAUGUGAAGAUUGUAAACAGGAAUUUUGUGUUGAUUGUGAUAUCUUUAUCCAUGAAAUUCUCCAUAACUGUCCCGGUUGUGAAUCUAAACCUGUGAUAACUUAA